ACACAAAAUAAUGAAAUUCAUUUAUGUGAAGCCACACGCCAUUAUUGUGGAGAACCAUGUUUAUUAAAAACCGAAACAGGAAGACAAGAACACCAAUGUCCCAAAGAAUGUGAAGACAAAGGAAUUUGCAAAAUAGUAACAGAACCUACUGCAGUUGAAGCUAAAUAUGAAAAUGCACAUGAUAGUUUUAUAUUUACCAAGAAACCUCAUCAUUGUGAUUCAAACUGUCCAAAUGAUAAAGGUCAACAUAUUAAGGAAGAAGAGAAUAAACAAAAUUUUCAUUUUUAUGAUAUUAGAUAUGAUCGUGAAAAAUUUAAGAAAAUUGAUCGUGAAUGUCCAGAUGAAGAGUAUCAAAAAUUUGAUGAAAAUUCAGGAGUACUAAAAUUUUAUUACACACAAAAUAUUUUUCACGCAAGAUUAGAUCCUCCAAAUAAUAAAGGAUACAUAUCAAUUGAUGAUCAUCACUUUACAGUCGAUAUCCCAGAUACUUGUAAUUGA